AUGGCCACCACCACAACCGUUACCACGAACGGUCGCUCCAGCCGGUCUGGAAGCUCGAAGAAGAUGGUCGUACUCAAAUUGUCACCCGAUCUACUAAGUCAAUUUGCGACACCACCCCCCGAGAGCAAGGAGUCGAAGAACAAGAAGCACAUCGACACCCCGGCCGAGUCGUCGGUCAAGAUCAAGGAGCCAUCGUCCCCGGCUUCCUCAUCGGCGGAACUACCGCCCCCGCCCUCCUCCGUGGACAAUGCCUCCGAUGCAGCAUCUACGCCCGCUGCGGGCACCUCCGCUGCCGACACUCCCCGUCGCAAGGGCGUGCCGGGCCCUAAGCCGGGGAGCAAACGGGGCCUAGGCCAAACGGGUGAGACUUACCCGAGGCCGAGAGGCAAGCCCGGUCCUAAGAAGAAGCCUAGAUUUGACGACGGGACUGUCGACCAUGCCAAGUUGGCUGCCAAUCAUAAGCUCGGCCCCAAGGCCAACCUCGGCGCAAUCAAUGCCGGUCUACGGGCGCUGGACCGUACCGGUGCUCCGUGUCGGAAAUGGGAGCGCAAGCCCUUGCAGCUGAAAAGCUUCACAGGCAUCCAAUGGGCUCUGCCAACCUGGCGCGCUCCCAAACCCCCCAAGCCCGAGGAGAAUGGCGAGGCCAAAGAGAUGGCACUCGAAACGGGCGACAGUGACAGCAAGGCCAACCAAAGUGCCAGCGGCGUGCCCAGCGAAAAGAGCAACAUGGGUGAUGGAGAUAUCACCCCAUUGCCUUCGAAUAUCCCUGACGCCUCCUCGCCGGCUCCUGCCAUUGCUAUGAUUGCCUAG